AUGCGCCUUUACUACGCCCUCUCUAUCUUUUCCGCAGUCAUCUCAGCGUCUGAAUCUCGCGCUGUAGAGGCUAUCGCGCCUGGCAUUAAUACUGGAACCGCACCCAUCCCUGCAGAUAGGUUGGCCGUCGAUGAUAUCUCCCUCGCCGCUACAUGCAGCGGUACAGCGCCCUUCAACUCACCAGACGCCACCACCCUCGCCGACUUCCUCCUAUUCCAGCCCGAAACCACCGUCGCAGCCCUUCCCAGACUCUCCAUCGCCUGGAUCAGCCUCGGAACGGCGAAGAUCUGCAUUUCUAACCUCGGCUUUCAGUCGAUUAACAUUACAUACACCGAAAUUGGAACGGGCGUACAGUCUAUCGUCGAUACCUGCUGUCUUACCCCGACCUGUGUCGGUGGGACAGAGACUGGACUCGCCGUUGGAGAGACAACCCCGAGGAUUCCGCUUCGUUUGAAAGCAGCCUCCCAGCAGUGCUAA